AUGCCGCCUCGUCGCGCAUGCGAUCUGUGCUACAAGCGCAAGAUACAAUGCUCCAUCAAAACACCAGGCGAGCCCUGCGAAUGGUGCGGUAGUCAAGGCCUUACCUGCACCUUUGAUCGAGUCAUACCCAAGGACCCCAAGAAAAGGUCCACUGCAGACAUCGUCGAAGAGCUGUCACAUCGCGUUGAAGAGCUGGAGGGAGCUCUGCGCGCGUCUAACUCUAAUGGAACGUCACCCCGAUCGGCAACGACACCUGGACCGCCUCCAGGGCGACGUGAAAUCAUUCUCCCCGUGGGCGUGGCCACCAAUCGGAUUGCACCCACCCACAAGCUGUCGAGAUGCCAGCUUGGAAACAAUUGGUACUUCAAAGGCAUAGGGAUCCUUUCACCACGAGGGCACGACUGGAUUUCCUACGGCUCAGGUGAAGCCGUGUUCUUGGACAAGUUCGACCUUUUCCGCAACCCGCCCAUUCGCAAACCGCUGCCGAUUUUGCCGCCGCAGCCCAGAUCGCUGCCCUCCGAGAUACGAUAUUAUGCGGAUGUUUUCCUCGGAUCCAAGGCGGCCAUGGUGUUUCCAAUCCUUGGCACAACCCUACUGGAGAACACCAUUCAGAGAGCUCACAGCAACGAGCAUCCAGCGGCCGAGGCAUGCCUCUGGGCUAUGCUUGCCGUGGUGAGCAUCUCUUCCGACACGCGACAAAGCGCUCAAGAUUGCGCCCACCAGGCGAAAUACUUGCUCAAUCUUCAUGACGAUGUCUGUGAUAUAGACAGCUUGCAGGGCACUCUGCUACUUUGGGCUUUCCAAAAGAUGAAAGGGCAGUGUCGUGAGGCCUCAGUGACUUUUGCAAGCGCGAGCCGCAUGGUGUGUGACCUCGGUGGCCAUGCACCACUGAAGAGCCUCAACAUUCUGCCGCAACAUAUCCCUGCAUUUGACGAGGCGACCAGAACCCAUAUCCGAAAGCUGUUCUGGCUAUGCUACUGUUUCGAUAAAGACGCGUCUUUGCGGACUGGCAGGCCGCCGCUACUGAGCUACGAGUACUGUGACAUUGGAGACCCUAGCGAGCUGCGUGAUCAAAAGUCAUGGCACAAGCAACCGCGAGACAUAUACCUCGCAGUCAUUAAGGAAAGAGCUAAUCGUUUGCUAUGCUCGCCACGAGCUUUCCAGCAAACCGAGGGCGAACUUUUAGCGCAUGUCCGACAACUCGACGAUGAGCUCGAAGAGUGGCGACUGUCAAUCGAACCACCGUACCGCCCACGACUAUCCAUCCCGCCCGACUCAUCCCUGUCCGUGCCUUCAGCGAUGAGGGCAGAAGACAGAACGCACAUAAUCAACUUGCAGUUGGACUACUUGUUCACCAUGAUCCACAUCCACACCAUGGUCAGGAAAUGCGGCGAUCUGGAGCAGAACCUGCCUGAUGACCUGCACAGCGCUGUGGAGUCAAGUGCGGACCUGUCUCUCGAGGCUGGACGCUCUAUCUUCCGCUUCUUUGAUACCAUCAUCGGGUUCUGGCAGCAAGAAUCCAUGUGGAUCGUGUCGCACUAUGCGCCGAUGGCAGCGAUGCCGCUGUUUGUCAACAUGCUGAUCCAUCCUCUCGGUCACCCGGCCGACAACGACUUGCAAAUUUUGGGGUCGAUUGGUGAAAUCUCCCGCAAGAUACCCACGGACAAAUUGUCUGCCGAGGAGAUCCAGCAUAUCCAAGAGAUUGGCGACUUUAUCAUGGAGCUGAUUCGACUUUGUCACGGUGCAGCGUGGAAGGUCAAGAAGGGCGAGAGGCCUCACGACCUCGAUUUGCUUGACAGCUAA